AUGGAGCUGGUCACACUGGCUAAGGAGGUAUUCCAGAGUAUAGCGGAGCAUGCAGCGAGCUACCGGCUGGGGCAGUCGGUACUGAGGCACCUCGACCGCACACUAUGGGUCGUUGAGAAGUGCGCAAGAUGGGCCGUCCCGCCACCAUUGGAUCAGGACGAGCGUCCCCAACCAGAGUUAGUGCGGCCUCUACCAUGGGUGUUCUUCCUAGCACUCAUAGUGGCGUUGCGAAUCACCCGGGAGUCUAUAUCACUCAUUAACCUUGUUAUGGGGAAACCGCCGCUGAGAUCUGCCGAUGUGGUGAUGUACAUACAAAGUCACCGUCGCUAUCUCCGCACACUAAAGUACCAGGGCAACAGAUUGAGUCGCGCGCGCACUAGUAGUGGCCAGCCGCGCCAGUCCUGGGCGUCCGCGCUACAUUCACUCUUCGAGUUCACCAUGUGCUUCCGACGACACUCACACCAUUAUGGCAAUAACAACAGCACCCAUGUCAGCAAUAAUGAAGAAGUUUUGGUGGUAAAGAGAAGUAAGCGCGGCCGUGAGCACGCGAGCCCCUCUGCAUCCACCAGCGAGACCACCAUGGAACGACUUAUCGAGAAGAUGAUGGUGGACCUAGAUGCCGACUCCGAUGAAGACUCCAGUUUUACGUUGACCAACGUGACAAGUCCAAAGAGCGACAGGUCAGACUUCACAACAGAGUCGGACCAGGACACGAUAUAUCAAAACAACGUCUCAGACAAGGCGAAUGAGGAAAACGGCCCAGUCGACUCACCAUACUCACCCAACAUGUCUGAAGCUCCCUGCUCCACGCCCGAAAGAACAGAAGAAGUUAUCAAUGAACCCGAAUCUCCAGUAACAGAGAAGGAAGAAGAAAAAAUAGAAAAAGAGAAGAUAGAAGAUUCUUCUACUGAACCAGAAGUACUUUCAGCCAAAGAACAAACGCUAAGGUUCAUACAACAUGAGACGGCCCCAUCAAAAAUUCCCCGCUCACCGAACAAUGAACAGAAAAUCGCCAAUGGGCGAGUAAAGAGUGUGCCCGGCAAAAAGAAAGGAACCCCAGUAGCGGAGAAAGAUAGAAGAAACUCAGACUCGCAGGGUGGGAAGAAUUCAUCGUCCAACAGCAUGUAA